ACGCGAUCUAGUUGCACGUUCUGCAUGAUUGUUGCACUCAAUUCGACGAGGCCAUGUAGAGCGACAAGAAUGUACGACACAUGCGGUCCAAGAAGAUUGCUCACUAUGAGAAGUACGUUAUUCAUGUAUGCGAUGGACCGUGGAUGGACCGACAAUGCUUACAACACCCCUUCACAUAUCUAACAGUCUCAAUCGAACUCAACAUCCCAAAAGCCCCUGCCUAGCACCGGCACCGUUGGGGGAAGAUGCCUAUUAAUGUCCCUGCGCCAGCUCCGGCGAUACGACGUCUGUGACUCUGUCUGAGUUUGGUGUUCAGCACCAUGCCUGAAAUAGAAUCAUUGAGCACGGGUCCUGCGUUGUUGAUUAGAUAUGGGAAGACCUUCGUCCAUCUCAUUCAUUCCUGGCCCACUCCUGAAUAUGACAAAUCUGAACGCUCCCUCCCAGUGUACUGGCCGCCAAUGGUCUGUCUGGCUAGCAUCGAUCCCUAUGGCAUCCGCCAUUACGUUCAUGAACUCAGACAUGCGAAUCACCGCGCAUCGGGUGAUCUUGAACUGGUCCCUCGCACGCGUACCUGCAUUGAGAGUAUACACAGUCUCCUCAACGAUGAGGUGCGUGAGUGCCCGACUUGGGUCCUCGUGCAAACGCAGCGCACUGACGUACGGCCAAACAUCCACUACUUCUCGCCAAGCGUUCCAGUCUUCCUUCUUCUGUGCAGCUGCCGGAUCAAUUCGCCGGUGUUGACGUUCUGCAGCCGGAUGUUAACAUCUUCGGGCAGUACGUUCGUGAUCUGCCACAGGGAAUGUGCUUUCGCAGAAUCCCUCCUGACCGACUCAAGGUCUGGUAGUGGCUCGCGUAUGAUAUUGUUCUCUGGGCUGCCAUCCAUAUGCAAAGCGUGCUGUAUACGCUGUCGACGCGGUACCUCCAUGAUAGGCGUGGAGUUCAUGACGGAAAGGUGAAUUUCUGUCACAAGCUCUGGAGAUGGCCCCAAGGGGCUUCUGGACGAUCUCCGCGAGCAAGGGAACCAAAAUCAAGGCUCGUCUAAGGAUCACGGCUCUGAGAUGUCAUAGCUGGCGCUUCGAAUGAAGCGCUGCGCUCAGCCUACGAAGGGUGUACAUGGACAGGAAAGAGCAACAAGAGUACAUAGUACCCGUCGUCCCAUGCAACCCCGAGGCCCGGGAAUAUACAGACAGGACGUCUG